UUAAUAAAUAUGAUUUGAUCAUGUAUUAUUUUAUUAAUAACAAUUGUAAUCUCAUCAAAAUUUGUUAAUAUUAUAAUCUGAAGAGUAGUCAGAAAAUUCAGUAUUCUGAAAAACCAAUAAAAUGUGCAUAUCUAGUUGUAACAAUUUGUGACAGCAAUAAAACUUUUAAACAAAAAUCAUAUAAAUUAUAAAUGCAACUUCAAAGUACAAAAGUAACGAAACUAAUUGUUUUUAGACAGUAUGCAAGAAUGAAACAAAUGUGACAUGAAAUGAAUAUUUAAAAAAUAUUUCACAACAAAUUUUAAGAAGGAAAAAGACAUGCCUUGAUUAUGAAGUGGAUAAUAAUUUCGUGUAUUUUAUGUGUAUUUGGUUGUUUCAAAGAGUUCAGACCUUCAGAAUCUUUUGUUACGGAUUAUUUAACUGGAUCAUGGAAAAAUUUUACAAACAUACAAGUAAAUCAGGAAAUUUUUCCUGUUUCUACAUACUCUUAUUUUGCAACAUUAGUUGUUGUAUUCCUAAUAACAGAUUUUGUGCGAUAUAAGCCUAUUAUUAUUUUGUGUGGCUUUUCUGGAGCUUUGACUUUCCUUUUGUUAAUAGUUGGGAAAGAUUUGCUGACUUUGCAAAUUGUAGAAUUCGGUUAUGGUUUGUUUUUUUCUACAGAGGUAGCGUAUUAUACGUACAUUUAUGCUAAAGUUGAUAAGAAGCAUUAUCAAGAAGUAACAAGUCACACAAAAGCAGCAUCCCUUUUCGGUCGUUGUUUAUCUGGAAUUGUUGCUCAAUUAACGGUAUCUUUUGAUAUAUUAAAUUAUCAUCAAUUAAACUAUGUCACACUAUCAGCUCUUACAUUUGCAACACUUUGGGCAUGUUUUUUACCUUCUGUUGGUCAGUCUAUUUAUUUUCAUAAAAAAGAUGAAAAUUAUGAAAAUUACAAUUCGGCAACAAAUAAUGCAGUAACAACAUCACAUGAUGUAAAUGGAGGUUCACAUAGAACAGAAGAACAUAAUAAUUACAAUUCUCCUAUAAAAAAUAUUUCUUUCCUACAUAAAAUUAAACAGGCUUAUGUUUUAUUAUGGAAUGAUUUUUUAGUAGCAUAUUCGAAUAAUCAUGUUUUAAAAUGGUCAAUGUGGUGGUCUUUUUCUACUUGUGGAUAUUUGCAAAUUAUUAGUUAUAUACAAUUACUUUGGCAAACAGCUGUAUUACCUGGGGAUAAGAUUUAUAAUGGUGCUGUAGAUUCUUUAUAUACAAUUAUAGGUACAGCUACUGUUUUUUGCAUUGGAAAGCUACCAUUUAAUUGGUCUGUGAUAGGAGAUGUAGUAGUAUCAUUCAUGUCACUUGUGGAAGGUAUUUUAUUAUUAAUUUCAUCAUAUAGUUACAACAUUUGGUUGUUAUAUGGUGUUUACAUAUUAUUUGGAAUUAUUUAUCAUACAAUGGCUACUGUUGCUAGUUUUGAAGUUGCGAAGUGUAUAUCAGAAGACAGUUAUGGUCUAAUAUUUGGUGUAAAUACUUUUAUUUCACUAUUAUUGCAAACUAUAUUAACAGUUAUUGUAGUAAAUGGAAAUUUAAAUUUAGACCUAAGAUCUCAGUACUUUGUUUAUGGUGGUUAUUUUAUUGUGAUAGCAAUACUAUAUACAAUGAUAGGCAUUUUUAAUAUAGUACAACAUUGUAAAAGUGGCACAAAGUUCAAAAUUUUAUUAAAUAACAACAGUACUACAGAAGAAGUACAGACUGAAGAAGAAAUAAAAGUUGUCCAAGCCACAAAACUCUAGUGCAUAAUACAAUUUUUUAGAUAGUAAUAGAAAAUGUUCAGGUAAAUAAAUUGUUAGUUCUGUAUUCUUUCAGUAACUGAAAGUAUGUUCGUAAAUUACGAUUUUAAUAAUGUGAAAAG